UAGUAAAUUGGCAUUAUAUUUGUAAUUGUAGCAUACAGAUUCCAAAAUUUUUAGUGUUACAUUCUUUAAUCGAAGACAUAACUCGGUAACUGUGUACGCUUAAUUAUACCCUUGGACCACGGUCCAUUGACUGUCACUGUGCUAUGUAUUUUUGUACUUAAGACUUAAGUUGUAAUGAAGUUAACAUACACAGUUUCCUCUUGUAGUAUAACCAAAGAAUCUCUUUCCUCAACUUGACCUUUUAACUUAAGGAUAAACACCAUAACAGCUGGCACAACGAGCCUUCCUCGGCCUUAGGUGAUACACGUCAGCUUGUACAAAUUACCCUAAACUUAGAUAUAAAAGAGGAUUUCCACCGCUGCUGUUAUUAUUAUUACAAGGUUAAGUGAAGGUGGAUAGUUUUGAGUCAGCAUCUUAAACCCUAACCCUUAGGGUGAGUAAGCAUCAGUUUACCAAAAACGUUGCUAUGGAUCCACUACCUUCUAAAGCCAAACCUGUUUCUACCCGUAAGUUUGGAAUCCCAGCUUGGAUGACACGAGAAUUAAACAAACUAAAUGUUUGUAAGGAUCUUGACAAAUAUGGAUCUUCACCUCCAACUAGUGAUACUGACUUCUUCUGGGACAUGGAAAAAAUGGGAGAGAGUACGAUAGUUACAUCAUCUAUCGCAGGACAUCAGGACAUUUCUACAGACAAUUCUUCCAAAGAUACACUCCAGGUUUCUUUUUCUAUGAUAAAGCCUACCAUGUUUAAAGAACCUCCCAAGCUGGAUCUAUCGGUUUCAGGUCCUGUCUUGAAAGCGCCCUCUGUUGACGACAAACUUUAUCAUUCCCAUUCUUGCAGCUCCAGUGCUUCAGCAGAGUCCACUCCUAAUGCUACGCCAUGCAGCUCCCCAUCAAUAUCUCGUAAGGUAAAGGAGAGUGCCCUGCAAGCCAAUCCUGCAUUGGCUUGUGACCAGAGCUGGAAUUCCAGGUGGUUGUCAUCCACUGUCACUUCCCAUGGGAAAAAUACCACUGUCUACAAUGCUCCCUUGUCACCAGUUAAGGAGGCACCUGAUGGACCCCUGUUACCAAAGGCAGACACUCCGAGAGUGGAGAACCUGGAAAGUGACAGUCGUGUCCGCAAAACUUCUGCUCCUUCGAUUACUAGGAAAAAAUAUUUAUUUUCUAAUUCUGACAUCAAUAUAGUUAGUCCAACUUCUUGGUAACGUUUUUUUUUUAUUUUACACUAGUGUACUUUGUUACUUUCACAAGCUUUCUUUCUUUCAUCCCAAGUUGAAUUUAAUGUCUGUAUCUUGAACUAUACAUAAAAGUUAGAGCUGUAGGUGACGUUUUAUUGUACAAGGUUGUGUUCUAAUCAGGUGAAGUAACAGAAAUGAAAUUCAGUUUCAGACAAAAAUAACUGAUAUAUGUUUAUCUUUACAUUUUUGGUGAGCUUUAAAAAAUUAAUAAAAAAAAAAAUCAAGAUGUUUAAAGGUGUACAUUUUUGUUGUUAACAUUUGGCAGAAAGUUAUUUGUAUUUUGUUCUCUGUUGCUAUAUGUUGUACACGUGUAAAUCAUAUUUCGGUUUAAUCUAAUGCCACACUACUUAAUGCUCGGAAAUUGUAUUUGUAACUGUAAUCUAUUAAACAUAUUUUUCAGUUAUCAUCUAAUACGUUCAAAUCCUCUUACUGUGAAAUCAAGUAGCCCUUCUGACUUGUACAUAAAACGGGGUUAAUAAGUUUUAGAAAAGCUUGUCAUGACAUCUGUGAUCUGUUCAGCUGAAUAUCUCUUAUCAUGUGUGACAGUCACCGGGUGCUUAGUUUGCUCCUGUCUUAUUUGAUAAAGGCAAUUAUAUUCUCUCAGAUCAGAUGUUGUGAUUAUGAUGGCUAGGCCUGAGUCUAACCUGGCUUCUCAACCUAGGUCUGGAAAUGGUGCUGUUGUGGGAAAAAAAAUACCUUAUUACCAUGCUAAUGUGAGAAAUUUGUUGUAUCAUUAACAAUUUCAGGUAAUGAACACGUUCUUAUUUCACAUGCCAUUGUUUUAUUACAAAUGUUUGUGUGACUUGUACAUUUAUAAUCCUUGAUUCACGCUGUGUUGCUAACAUUUUGUAUUAGAAGAGUUUCUCGUGCAUCACUUUGUAUUUAUUACUAUUUCUCAAACACUGAAUAAAGUUUACUACUACUAUACGUGAAAGCAGGGUAUUUUCUUAUGUUUUAUGCCAUCAUUCUUAUUAUACUCUAUGUAGAAGUGUGCUGGUAUGGGAGUUAUUGCUGAAUGGUACGUAAUCUUGUGUAGUAUAGAGAUUGUUAUAUUAAAAUGUUGGAGCCUUGCCAUAUCUUUAAAGUUGAUGAUGGUACAUGCAGUCAUGCUUCAUUUAACAACUGUGAAUCUUGACAAUAGUCCUGCAGUGUGGUUUCCAUUGCAAAAAGCUCCAUCUUAAAAUUGUCUUGUCCAAAGCACAACCCUCCUCUCUACAGUGUUUCCCAUAAGCCAUCCCGUGUACGAGAAUGACUGUUUCCCAGCUCUUAUUUCGGCAGUCCUGUUGUAAAUAAGUCCAUAGGCACUGUGUUUGGUGACUUUGACUAGUAGGUCUUUAUGUGAAUAUAUCAUGAAUACCUAUUUUCAUUCUUCAGCUGCUGUUUCAUAACUCUUAAUAAAAACUGAUUAGUUUUUGGUGGCAUCAUGCUAGCUAAGAAAUGUCAAACAAUAUUCAAAUGUAGCUCUGUACAUUCUUUUCUGUUUCCAUUUUAUAUCGGCUGUGGAUGUUGUCUGACUUGCUUAUUCAAAAUCAUUUUACUCAUUUUUAAUAAAUAGAUUUUCUUUAAUUACCUUUUAUUUUAUUUCCAAAGGUAAACAAAAGUAAAAGUUUGUACACACUGGUUCAGUUCAUAAAAUUUGUGAGCAAUCAUAUUGGAAAGUGUUCAAGAUUGGACUGUCUAGUUAAUAUAUUUCUCCAGACAAACUUGUCCUGUCUGAGGUUUUAAAAGACAAACUUCAGAUUUCAAAAAAUAAAAAGUUUAAAUUUAGAAACAGUGCUGUUAGGAUUUCUAUUUAAAAACAUUCCCUGACCAUUCUCUAAAUCUCUAUGAUCUACUUCAAAUCAUAGGCUUAAACAAGAGGGAAUCCUCAAUAGCUGCAGCAGUUGUAUUCUAAUCUUGCCUAAAAGAAUUUCGUUAAUCUACGGGACCUUUUUUUUCCCUUCUUAUUAGCUAUAUUUCUGUGCACCAGAAGUGUGGGGUUUGCAUAUAACUAAGUUGAUUUUAUUACUCGUCAAGAUCUCUAGAAGCUUAUCCUUAAAUUGAAAUUCUUUUUAGGCAGGAUUUGGGGUUUGACCUCGUGAAUUUAAAACUGUAAUUGGAUCUCAAAUCAGUCCAGAGUUAUGAGUUAAGAUUGUACUUGAAAAAUUGAGUUAUUCUACGAGUCAAUAUGCUGUGACUAGAAAAAAAAAAAAGGUGAAUAUUAAUAACCUCCAUUUACACUCAUCCAAUCCUCCCAUUAAUUCUGAAAGCUUUAAAGGUCUUCAUUUUUGUAUAUUUCUUUUUAAUAAAAAAAAAAAGGCUUCAUUCUAAUAAAAGAAAUGCAGAAAAUGUAACAGCAGGAAUAAAUUCUGUUAUAAUAAUACUCGGUUUUUGUCUGUCUUGAAAAUCCCUGCACACCUUACUAUUUAAAUGUGCAUUGGAUAAAAAAAAAAAAGGCAGAUGUUAAUAUACUUUAGUAGACAUUUUG